CGCCUUGCCGUUUCUCAAGAACCUCACCGCGUCCCUGCACAGCAGCACCUGGUCAGCCACCAUGGAAAACGGGAGCAAGCUGGACAAGCCCAGCCAUGUGUUGCAGGCACGUGGAGAGGCUGUCCUGGACCUGACCGAGUACAAGGUGGUCUCAGUCUUCCUGGUGCUCCUGGUGUGCGUGACUGGCAUAGUGGGAAACGCCACAGUGGUCCUGGUGGUGCUGACCGCUCGCGACAUGCACACCCCCACCAACUGCUACCUGGUCAGCCUGGCUCUGGCUGAGCUCACCGUGCUGGUGGCCGCAGGGCUGCCCAACGUCUCCGACAGCCUGGCUGGGCAGUGGGUCCAUGGGCACGCCGGCUGCCUGGGCAUCACUUACUUGCAGUACCCGGGCAUCGGCGUCUCCUCCUGCUCCAUCCUGGCGUUCACCGUGGAGAGGUGGGUACUCGCCAUCUGCCACCGAGCGGCGCAGACCGUGUGCACCGUGGCCCGGGCCAAGCGGAUCGUCGCGGCGGUCUGGGGGGUCAUGUCUGUCUACUGCCCGCUCUGGUUCCUCCUGGCGGACCUGCACGUCAGCGAGAGACAGGGCCCGCAGUGCGGCUACAGAGUGUCCCACAGCCUCUACCUGCCCAUCUACCUGCUGGACUUCGCCCCGUUCUUCGCCACGCCCCUGCUGGUGGCCACCGCCCUCUACCGGCUCAUCGGGAGAGUCUUGUUCCAGAGCGCGCUGCCCCACCCGCCCCACCCCGGGGCCGGGCACGGUCCCCAAGAGGCCGGUGGUGCUCGUGUUGCUCUUCGCAUGCCCUACCGCACGCUGGUGGCCCAGCCCUUGCUGGAGCCCCGGGUGUCCCUCUGCUGCCACACCUGCAUGUCCACCAACAGCGCCGUCAACCCCAUCGUCUACAGCCUCGUGUCCCAGAAGAGCCGGGACGCCUUUCGGCGCUUGUGCUGGUGUCCGUCGGGGGAGCGACGGGGGCGCGCGGCCUGCCGCACCGUCACCAGCUGCAGUGCGGCCCGAGAGACCCCCCGAAGACGCAGGAAGACAGGAGCCAGGGCUGGGGUCCUCAGGCCGCAGGGUCCCCCCCAGCAGCAGGAGCCCUCGGUCAGCGGGGUCUGA